CCUUUCCUCCCGCGGGCGCCGAAGGGAACCUGGUGCCGGGCGGGCGAGAGGUCCUCUUGCCGCUGGGGCCCGGCGGGCGCGCGUGGGGGAAUGGGGCCCCGGGCGGUCGCCGACUCCGCGCGCCUCGCGUUCCUCUUCUGCACAACUGGCUUGAGCCCACUAGGAAUGGCAGCCCCGUCUAUGAAAGAAAGACAGGCUUGCUGGGGAGCCCGGGAUGAAUACUGGAAGUGUUUAGAUGAGAACACAGAGGACGCUUCUCAGUGCAAGAAGUUAAGAAGCUCAUUUGAAUCCAGUUGUCCCCAGCAGUGGAUAAAAUAUUUUGAUAAAAGAAGAGACUACUUAAAGUUCAAAGAAAAAUUUGAAGCAGGACAAUUCCAGCCUUCAAAAACAACUGCAAAGUCCUAGGCUGCUCCUGAACUUCUCAGAAGGUUUGAAUCAUGGUAAAUAGCGUGACUCGGUCCACAUAAACAACUCUUUAAAAUGAUCAAGUAACAGAGAUUCCAUCAUUCAAACUAUGAAGAAUCAAAA